UUGAUCAGAAUGCCGCCGCUACUCGGUCCCUGGGAAUCCAGAUUGUCCCUCACCGGCAUCGUCUCCGAGAGUCCCUCACCCCAGCCAACCUUGUGCUCUUUGCAUCCUCCUUCUCCGCCAUGCUCCCACAGGCCAUCAUCCUACUAGGCGCCGCCGUCCUCGGCCGCAGCCAAGAGACAGCCGGCUGCAACGACAGCUGCAGAAAGGCGUACGAGGCAGCCCUGGCCGCCGAGGCGGUCAACUGGGCGACGUACGACGUCAGCAACGACCCCUUUUACGACACGCCGGGCAACUACUCGGCGUCGUCCAAGCCCGGCGACCUGCUGCGCUGGCAGGACCUCGGGUCCGACCAGCUGGCGUCCAACUGGACCCUGGUGCCCGAGGGCAUGUCGCUGUCGCGCUUCAUAUACGUCACCGAGGACAAGGACCGCCGGCCCAUCCCGUCCAGCGGCUACGUGCUGCUGCCAUACUCCGUCCCCGACGGCCGCGACACCUUCCGCACCCUCGCCUGGGCCCACGGCACCGCCGGCAACGCCCGCAAGUGCGCCCCGUCCAACAACCAGCGCCUGGACUACAGCUGGAUGGCGCCGUUCCUGUACGCGUCGCACGGCUACGCCGUCGUCGGCACCGACUACGCAGGGCUCGGCGUGCAGAUCCCCACCGCGUUCCAGUACGAGGCGGGGCAUCUGCACGCCGCCGACGUGGCGUACUCGGUCGUCGCCGCGCGCAAGGCCGUCGGCCACCUGCUGUCCGAGGACUGGGUCGUCGUGGGCCACAGCGAGGGCGGCAUGACGGCCUGGCGCACCAACGAGCGGCUGGCCAUGCCGGACCAGGACGAGCUGCUCAAGGCGGGCAGGUUCCUCGGCGCCGCGUCCAUCGCGCCCGCCCUGCAGCCCAUCAAGCUGAUCCCCCGGGAAAUCGAGCGCGCCAACGGCGGCCACAUCGAGAUCGUGUCCGUGUACCUGCUGCAGGCGCUGGCGGGCCUGUACCCCGACGCGGUCAGGAAGGAGGACUACCUGACCGAGCGCGCGCUGUCGCUGCUGCCGCUGAUCGACGAGGGGUGUCUGCGCUCGGGCUCGACCAUCAUGUCGCUGUUCAACGUGAGCGAGAUUUACAAAAAUACGAGCUGGAUCACGGGGCCCGCCAUGCAAAAGUGGCAGCGGGAGAUCAACGGCGCCGGGCCGCACCGGCUGGCGGGGCCCAUGCUGGUGGUGCAGGGCGACGCCGACGUGCUGACCUACGCCGAGUUUGCAGAGGAGGACUUUGACGCCACCUGCAGGCAGUUCCCCGAGUCCAGCGCAGAGUACCACCGGGUCCCCGGCGCCGGCCACGGCACCAGCCUCGAGGCGAGCGCGCUCUACUACAUCCCCUGGAUCAAGGCGCUCUUUGAAGGGAGGAAGCCCGAGCCUGGCUGUAGAAAGGUCACCGCGAAGCCUGUGACGGAUCGGUUCGCCAAGGACAAGACCGGGCCGCUGGCUUGA